AUGGGUAUACCCGGCGCCGUGAAUAUGGGUGGCCAAGGCCCGCUAUAUGGAGUUGGGCCACAGCCGCAGAUACCGUAUCCGCAGGUUAUGACCGGUGGGCAAUUUAUUCAGUUUCAACCUGUACAGCCAGUAAUCCAGCCUCAGCCGAUACAGCCAGUCACUCAGCCUCAACCUAUCCAGCCAAUCACUCAGCCUCAACCUAUCCAGCCUCAGCCUGUACAACCAGUCACUCAACCUCAACCUGUACAACCAGUCACUCAACCUCAGCCUGUACAGCCAGUCACUCAACCCCAACCCGUACAGCCAGCCACUCAGCCUCAGCCUGUUCAGCCACCCAUGCAGGUUCAACAACCUGGACAACAACAGUCUUGUACUGUUUGUCCUCAGGGGCCUGUUGGUCCACAAGGGCUGCAGGGAUUACCAGGGGCACAGGGAGCAGCAGGGCCAGCAGGGCCAGCAGGGUCACAGGGGCCGGCAGGACCGACAGGACCGGCAGGACCACAAGGCCCAUCGGGACCGCAAGGGAAGCAAGGCGACCAGGGUCCUAAGGGUUCUCCUGGUGCCGAUGGAAAGCAAGGCCUUGCCGGGCUUCCUUGCACGUCAGGGUGUGGGAAACCGAGUUCAGGAACAGAUAGUGGAAAUGAUCAAAACCCAGAUCCUGGGGAAAUAGCCAAAGGAAAUAGUGCAACGUUUCAGGAGAAUGUGCCUCCUGCGACUGGGAACGGGAUUGCUGAUGGGAAUGGCGCAAAUUUCGAUGAAGAUGUGCCAAAUCCCGCUGUCCAAAAUGGAAUUGCUAAUGGCGAGCAGGCAGCACUUCAGGAUUCUGUGCCUCCGGUUGUAGGUACCGGAAUUGCCAGUGGAGAUGAUGCAAAGUAUGAUGAUGAUGUGCCUAAGCCUAGUGACCAGGGAGGUAUUGCCAAAGGGGAGGGUGCAAGCCUCGAGCAUUCUCUACCUAAGCCAGUGGUCGAUUGA